AUGGAGGCUCGAGAGGCUUAAAGUCUCAUGGAGAAUGGUGAUGUUCGGGGGUCUUUAGGGUCAGAGAGGCUGGAAUGGAAGGGCUCCUGUUCCUCCCACGGACCAGAGGCUGUCGCUGCAGCCAGCCCUGCCCUGCGUCCUCCGUGCUACGUGGUUAAGGCUGCGAUACUUGGGGGUCGAUUUGACCCUCACACCGACACAGGGAGGCUGAUGUGACAUUGUCCCCACUUGCCAGCAGAGGGAACAGAGGCUCAAAGAGAUUGUGUCACUUGCUCGAGGUUUUAUGCUGUGGCAAGAUUAAAACCAGGUGCACCUGCAGGGAGCCCCGAGCAGUCUGUGGACUGUGGCCCUGGCUGGGGGUGAGGACGUCCGCAGGGUCUUAGAGGAGCUCUCUACAGAGGCAGAGUCCGGGUCCUCACCUGCCACAGCCCAGGGCUCGGCUCUCAGGGAGCUGCCCACACCCUGGGGAGGAAGGAUUCCCUGAGCCUGGGCCCACUCUGUUCCUCCCACUUCCUGUCUGCACUGAGUCACCUCUCCUCACCCUCUCGGGGGACUUCUGGGUCCCCCUUGACUUGCACCCUCCUGCCUUCUCCUCUUCUAAGUCUUGUCUCCUCUGCCUCUGCUGCCUGAGUGCCAGGUGUGGGCCUGGCUUCAGCUGGAAGAGCCUGGGCCCCGUGGGCUCCAGCAGGUCAGAGGCCCUUCCCCAAGGCCAGCCAAGCGGGAGGAGGUGUGGCCAAUCCCCACACCCUCCCGGAGCUGACUGCCCCGGGCUGCACUUCCGCCUUUCAGGGAGGGGAGGGGAGGGGCCGGUGCCAGGGCGUGGCUAGUCAAGGCCAGGGCCCGGCAGUCCAGAGCACAGAGGCGCCCAUCCUCGCAUCCGGCCACUCACAGGCCACCGCUGAGUCCUCUCACCACCCUGGAGAUGAACAUCCCUAUAUUAUAGGCGCCGAGGCUGCAUCUCAGAAGGGCUGUGUGACUUUCCAAAGUCACACAGCUCAUAAGGGGCAGAGGUGGGAUUUUGAACCUGCCAGAACAGUCCGCAUCUUAACCGGACACCCCAGGUGUGGUCAGGCCAGCCCACAGCUCUUCCUGCCACCUGCCUAGGGCCAACCUUCGAUAGGUUAGUUACCUCCUCUGUCUGAGCUGUUCAGGGUUAAUAAGACUAAAUAAUAAUAGGGGCGUUCGAUAAACACUCUGUAUGAUCCGGAUCGUAAUAGCACCAUUAUGAGGAAGGGCAGGCAGGGAAGGAGACAGUGGUGGAGGAGAUGGCCCUCUGCGACUGUGGCUCAGCGUGAGGGUGGCUCGAACACAACGUCAGGAUGACCCCAGCCUCGAUGGCACCCAGCAGGUCACUGCCAGCUGGGAGGCUCCCACUGGGUCCUAGAACACUGAGCAGCCGUGGGCAGCGAGCGCCGCAUCCUGGCUCCCUCCCUGGGUCCUCACUCCCACCCCACUCCCUCCCCGGGAAGACAGGACAGGGGGAAGUGGCGGGACGUCCACCGCGCGAUGCCAGCUGGGCCUCGCUCCAGGAGCGGGCAGGUCAGGAAUUGUGUGUCGAGGACUUAGCAGCCCUGCAGAACCUGCCUUUCCAUUUCCCGGGACACACCGGUCCCUGGCGCUUCCCCGAGGCGGGAAGGGGACUGUUACAGUGCCAUGUAUAGGUGGUGAGCACCUACUGUGCGCUGCCUGUGCCAUAUCCACCGUUGCACUGACAGGAACAGAGGCAUCGACCAGGUGAAUCUGAUUUCUGAGUCCAAAGCCAGUGGGACUGCAGGCUCCUGAGCCUUUAAGCCACACCCUCUCCAGUGGCCUGUCCACCCAGGGCUCUGCCCGCCCAAAAGGCCAUCAGCAAAGGCCUGGACAGACUCGGGGUCCCUCACGCACCCAAGCCAGCUGGCCCCCUCCUCUGCGCAGCAGCUGUGAUGGCUGCUUCAGGAUGCAGGAAAAGGACACAGCCCGAAGGGGCCUCCUUAGGGCAGGUACGACGCUGGGCGAGAUGGCUUCAUAGAUCUGAUGGAGCUGAAGCUCAUGAUGGAGAAACUUGGGGCUCCCCAGACCCACCUGGGCCUGAAGAACAUGAUCAAGGAGGUGGACGAGGACUUCGACAGCAAGCUCAGCUUCCGGGAGUUCCUCCUGAUCUUCCGAAAGGCGGCGGCCGGGGAGCUGCAGGAGGACAGCGGGCUGCACGUGCUGGCACGCCUCUCCGAGAUCGAUGUCUCCACUGAGGGCGUCAAGGGCGCCAAGAGCUUCUUCGAGGCCAAGGCGCAGGCCGUCAACGUGUCCAGCCGCUUCGAAGAGGAGAUCAAGGCGGAGCAGGAGGAGAGGAAGAAGCAGGCGGAGGAGCUGAAACAGCGGAAGGCGGCCUUCAAGGAGCUGCAGUCCACUUUCAAGUAGCCGGGCCACAGCCACCACCGGGCCCUGCCCUGGCCCGGCAGGCAGGCGAGGGGGGUGAGGGUGCGCAUGGGAGGCAGGCACGGGACUGCCGCUAAAAACCUGAAUUGUGAAUCAGGCUCAUCCAGGAGUCUCCCGCGCUGCCCAGGCACUCCCUGUCCCCUCCCGCCGCUCCUGCGGUUGCAAGCCCCGUGCCGCCCAUGCCUGGCCCAGCCCUCCCUGGCCACCCCUGCACCUCCCGCCCUGGCUCGAGGUUCCUUUGUCCCGGGUGCCUGCUCCCUCACCCACCCCUGGCCCAUUCACCUGCUCUAACCAGCAGGCUGCCCUGCCCGGGCCCUGUCUGUCCCUUACCAGAUGGGAGCAGCAGACACAAGAAGGAUCAUGGCUGUCGCCUUACAGUGGGACCCAUGGGGCCCACAGCAGGCACAAGACCCCGCCCCAGGGCCUCUCCUCCAGCUCUGCCCCCUUCUCUCUGCUGGAUGGGAAGGGCUUCUAUUUUGGUGAAGGGACCCAGGCCCUGGUACUCCGCUAUGAUAUGGAGAUGGGGCCCAGCCCGGCAGGGUGAGGGGUCGCUGUGCAAUCUACCUCACCGGCCUGCACUCUGCCAGGCCUCAUGGGGUCAUGGGCAGGGGCUCUGGGGGGCAGAAACACUGCUCCCUGACACCCCCGAGCACCCUGAAGGUCCUGGGGGGCUGUGGAGAGAGACGGGUGUGGAGGAGGGACUGGGCCCCCCAAGAUGGGCUGGAAGUGUCUGCCGGCCCCUUCACACCCUCCUCCCCGAGUGACACCCCGCUUUGUCGCCAGCGGCUCCCACCUGUCACACCCGCCCCCAGGAAGCAUGGGCCAGGCGCGGCCCCACCACCAGCCGCUCCCCCACAGCCCCCGUGCACUCGCUCACGUGUACGUCUGUGUGUGCGUCCGUCUGUCUUGCCGUGUCGUGAAACUGUGACCGUCACCCAGUCCAGACAAGUGAACGGCCUUCGAGGCCACGGUUAUGCAACUCGCGGUGUUCGUCAUGACUACGUCACGCUUUUUAAACUCGAUCAAUAACUCUUUAUUUUAGUAUACACCCAGGAGCGCCCGGGGCUCCCCCGGGACUCGAAGAGGUUUUAUUUUUUUGGCCUCGGAACCUGCAGACGUCGGCCGUGCCUAGCCCUAUGCGCGGCCUUCGCCCUGGAUUGCGUUUGCCUUAGCGGAUAUAUGUUUAUACAGAUGAAUAUAAAAUCUCCUUUUCCUUUUGGCUUUUGGCUUUUUUUUUUCAUCCCGUCUCAACCCCCCCCCCAAAAAAAAGCUACUUCUUCUU